AUGUCCAAGUUUAUCAAGUACAUUAAGGAGAUGUUCACUCCGACUCACUCGAUGGAGUUCUUCCACAAGCCAUCCAGCAACUCAUUGCUCGACGCUUCCGAGUUGAACGCCACCAGAAGAGCCAUCAAGAGAGAGGACUUUGGUCAUGAGAUGCUCACUGGAGCUUUCGGAACUUUGAAGGCCCCAGUUAUUGUAGAGUCGAUCUUUGACAACAGAACUGUUGGAUGUGAGGGUGGUGAGGGUGAGGAGCACGACCUCGUCUUCCACAAGGUCUCCCACAAGAGACCAUGCAUCUGUUUGGACUGUGGACAGGUGUUCAAGCUCAAGAAGAUCAGCUCUGAGAAUGAGGUUAUGUACUAUUAA